UUGUGGUAUAAGUCAUUGAUAGAUUUCUAAGCAUCAAUAUGUAUUUAUUACCUUAGACAUAAAAUUCCAAUUGUGGCUCUUAAUAUUUGAGUUUUAACGUAGAAAAAGUGUCAGUUAUAAUAUUUUAUUAUUGCUAAUUAUUAACAAUUCCUUGUAUGAUAAAAUUAUUUUACAAUUUAAAUUGUUAGAAUAUUGUGAUUAAGUGAUAAAAGUUUUAUACGCAGUAGAUCUUUUGAUUAAACAUUAGAUUUUUAUUCAGAAUUUAUUAUAAUAUUAUAAGAUAUCAUAUGUUAAGUGAUGAAGUAAUUUUUUUGGAUGUUGUUUGAACAAGGAUUAUAUUGAAUUGAUGUGUUUAGUGUUUUAUAAAGAGUAAAAAGAAAAAAUGUGUGAUCAAACAAUGCCUUAUACACCCGGUACUUUGGUAUGGGUAGCACUAAUUCGUAAUUAUUGGUGGCCAGGAAUAGUUAUUGAUCCAGAAAAAAUACCAGAUGAGUUGAAGUCAGAAAUUGAAAAACCCAAAAAGAAACCAAUUUGCACUGUAUUUUUUGAAAAAGAAAGAUCUUAUCAUGUUGUCUAUGAUAUGAAAAAAAUCUAUCUUUAUGAUUGUGCAAAAAAAAUGGAAUUUAUAAACUAUGGAUACACCUGUUAUAAAAAACAAAAUGAAAAAAAUAUUGCAGGACCAAUUAAAAUGGAUAACUUUUUGGAUGAUGUAAUUUCUGCUGAGAAAUCCAUUGGUGGUAACUUGAAAAUUUUUAAGCAAGUUGAAGAUCAACUAGCUAAACAAGAAAAAUUGAAUGUAAAAAAUUUAUUUUCUUCAAACAAAAAAGAAACAAGGAGAUCAUUGCCAGUACCUGUAGUUUCUCAAAUUAAAAAAAAAUUAUCUACACCAAGGUCUCGACCUGUUGUUCCUAGUUCUACUAUUCCAGGUGUAUAUUUUUGUCAUUUAAAAAUGGGAUGUACAUUUUCAUCCACACGAUUUGAAAAUCUUAAACGUCAUAUGGCUAUGCAUAAAACAGAAAAUAAUUUAAGUUCAUCAGUUACACCUAUGAAAGAUAACUCUACCUCUAUCACUUCAAAAUCUAGUACAAAAAUUAUUUUUUCUUCUCCUAAAAAACGUAAAUUAGUUAAAACUAAGAAACCCGAAUGCAAAAAAAUGAAGAUACAUAAUGAAAUCCUUAAAGACUGGGAUGAUGAUGAUGAAGACAAUGAACUAUAUUUAAGUAAUGAAGAAAAAAAAAAUUAUUGUAAUGAUACUGAAAGUAAUGGUGAUAUUUUUGAAAAAGUUAAACAAUUAACUCCACAAAAAAAUGAUGAAGAUGAAAUUCCUGAAUCGAAUAUUUCUAAAACAGUUUUAGGAUCCCCAAAUGUAUCAAAAGUAUAUUCUGAAAAAAAAUUAGAAAAUUAUGAAAAAUCCUUCUUGUCAAAAGGUGACUCGUCUGAUAUUGAAAAAGAAAUGUUUGAUGACAUUAAUAAUACCAAAUUAUUAUUAGAAAAAACUGAAAAUACUUUAAAUUAUAUAAACAACUUGGAAAGCUCUAUAGGUGGAAAAUUAGACAAAACAAAUUCAUCUGAUCCUGUUAAUGCAAUGGAAGAAAUAGAGAAUAAAGACUUAGCUGUUGGAGUUAAAAAUCGUUUGAACAAUGUUGAAACUAACCAGACAAAAGUCAACACUUCUAAUGAUACUAUUAUUGUUAAAUCCCCUACACCUGAUUGGGUGAUAGAAGAAAAGUGGAAUAUUAAAUCUGACACUGGUUUUAAUGAAGCUAAUUCAUUAUAUGAUGAGAAGCGGUCUACUAGUCAUGGUACUCUACCUGAAUUUUUGAAGGGAUCUUCCCAGCUAGUUGAUUCAGAUGAAUAUUCAAGUGAUUUGGUCGGCGAAAUAUCGACAAGUAUAAAAAUGGAAUCUUUUUUAACUUUACCCACUCUUGAAAGUCAUCUGCAGAAAAUGAAGCUCACAGCAGUAUUUACAGAUCCAAUUCAGGCUCCUAUAGUGACUGCAGAAAUACAGCCAGAAAUACCUCCAAACACUAUUAGGCGGACUAUUCGUAUGCCAGUUUAUAAUGAAGUAGAAAUGUUUACAGAUAAGGAAUUAUUAGAAAAACCUGAAAUACAAAAGCUCCGAAACUAUUUGAAGCAAGAACCUGGUACAAAACUAUUUGUAGAUAUAGAACCUAGAACACCCAAUGAACCUAAACAAUUUUCUGUUGAGAAAAACAAAUGAUUUUCCUAAUGUUUAACUUUAUAAAUUUAAAAAGUUAUAACAUAUUAAUUUUUAAUUAGUUAUCAUUUAUCCUAUAUUGGUUAAGGUAUUCUUGCUAUUGUUUUGUUUUUUGUAUUUUUCAAAAAUCAAGUGUAUCUCAUAAUGAUAAACAUAACUAUUUUCUUACUUAAUUUUUAGUUCAUUUUAGACCAACCAUUUUAUAUUAUUAUUAUUAUUAAUGGUAUAUUAUUUAGAAUUUUUUUAUUAUUAUUUUAAAUAAUGAAUAUUGUUUGUAUCCAUUAGUUCAUUUUUUAUAAAGUUAACAAUUUUAUAAUCAUUGUUUGUACCUUUCAUUUUUUUUUCUGGAUAGUUUGUAUAAUUUUAAUUGAAAGUAAUACAACUCACUAAAAAUAUUUAUGACUAUAAACAUGUAAAUAAAACAUUAAAAAUUUACUCUUUUA